CAAAAACCAUCUUUAAUGUGAAACAGAAAGCACCGAAGCGCCAACCACCAUGGUGAAAGCUAAACCGAGUCCUCUUUGUUUUGCAUCCUUAUUUUAGAGGAAAUCCAUUAGCGAAGAAACUCAUUUAGUUUGACGGACGAACGGAUAAAUACGUGCAGUAUAUACGGAAGAAUAACGGGCAUGCUUUGUUUUCGAUGCUACCCCCGGAGCCGCAUUCUGUUUGUCCUGUUGUUAUUGUUUUGUACCUCGACCGGCACUUUUGGCGGAGGCAUCGAUCCUUACAGAGUUCUGGGUAUCUCGCACAAUACUUCCAAAAAAGAGAUACAAAAACGGUACAGAAGGUUGUGCCUCCAAUACCACCCGGAUAAAAAUGGCAACAAAUCCAUGAAGGAACGAGAAAAAUGCGAAAAAAAAUUUAAAGAGGUGCAAGAGGCAUACGACAUGAUCCAAAAUGGUACCUGGGAAAGCCGUCCGCAAUCAUACACAAGACACGGCACGAGCUCUUACGCAAAUACGCAAGGAGCGGAGUCUCUUUUCCGUGCAUUUGGGGGGAACGGCAAUUUCUUCUUCUAUAGGACAAAUGGUCCUGGGUUUGGAAUGCAAACGCCGUUUCCUUCGAAGGGUGUUGAUGCCCCGUUCAGCAUGGAUGCGUUUAAAUCCAUUUACGUACAAAAAGUAAGAGUGCCACUCGAAGAUUUAUACAAGGGAGUCCAGUCGUUUCGUUUCGAGUUACGCGACAACCUAUUCACACGAUACAAAGCUGCGAUCCGAGGCAAAAGCAUGUGUUAUUCCCUCAUGUUGUCUUUUUACGCAUGCGUUCCUUUCAUCAGAUCGAGCAAGUUAUUGGCCACCGUGGUUGGAUCUAUUGUUCUCCAUGCAACUACUCCAGAACCCGAUCCCCGAGCUUCCUACGUUACCUCGCUACGAAAAGGAGCCAAAGGCGGACAUACGAAUGUAAAAUUUUCGAGCCCCGGUAUCGAUCAUCGACCCGGAAUCGAAAUAAUUUUUGAGAUUGAAGAGAAAGAGCAUCCUGUUUAUCGACGGGUGGAUAACAAUUUGCACGCCGAAGUCACAAUCACGAGCAAGCAGGCUGAAAAAGGAUGCAGGGUCAAAAUGAAUGCAUUGGAUCGCAGCGAAAAACCAAUCGAAAUUACCAUUCCACCGAAGACCUACAGCUACGAACAGCAGAAAAAACUACAAAAACAGAAAGUUUCUUCGUCAUCAAAAGCCAUAUACGACAAUGUUAUCAGGAUACGCGGUCGAGGUUGGCCCAUACGGAACACACAUCAUUCUGAUGAUCAUCCAGAUGUUUACCUAUAUGGCGAUUUAUUUGUUACAGUGAAAGUUUCGAAAGAAUCAUUCAAGAGGCGUGGCAAACGGGGUUGACAUUUUUUUUAAUGAAAUAAAGUAAGGCCUAUUCCUAGGGGACUGCUACUAUGAAUUUCAGGGAUCUUUUCGCAUUUGUGACCUAGAAAACUACGGAUCGUCUUGUGCACUUCAAAGAACACCUUAACGAAUUUCAUUCUACCACCACCAUCUUUAAGCGCCGAGACCCAUCAGUGACGCUAUUCGAUUGGCAAUACCACCACUAUCCGGCGCAGGAGUUCCCUCACAACCGUCCUCGGCCGACAACCACAUGGAACUGUAUUUGUCGUAGUGCAGGUAGAAUCGAUGAUGGAGGGCAAACGCCUUGGGUCCAAACCUCUUUCGAAAAUCAGAGAAUCCUUCGGCUUCGAGACGGUCCCCCUUUCUCCAAACCCUUCCACUGUCGUGACUCCACCCAUCGUAUCCCUUUAUUUCCUCGCGAGUCCAACCCUCUGGAUCGCUCUCCGUUUCGUCGCUGAGGCUCAGCUGCAGAACAAAACCCAUGCCACCACUAGCGUUAGGAACCUGGCGGAUUUCUCGGCCGUGAAAAACACGGAUGUUGUCUGCGUCUGCGGAUUGGGAGUAUUCCGAUACCUGGUGCAUACGCAGGUGCGAGGAGUCAAAGAUGAAAGGCUGCUCCUCGGAACCGGAGGCGGCUUUUGCCACGCGUUCGAGGUGUGCCUUGAGUUUCUCCGAUAGUACGAGCUGAAACAUCAUGCCCCCGCAAAAGUUGAGGGUUGAUUUGCUGUUGUGGAGAUCGAUGAGGUACUGGGCUGUAUUUCCCUCGUAGUGAGCAUCGCGUUCUUCAGGGCGAAACAGAUACGAGGAGGCCUCGGAGGAAGCCGCAGAUCCUGCCAUAGCGACGGACGCCCGGGCAUGGCAACUGCGACCACCGGACACGGCAGGAAUUCGCGGUUGGUAAGACAUCGCCACAAGCGCAUGGAAGAAAAUGGAGAAAAGUAUAUUUUUUAGGAUCAUCCUUCUUGUUGUAGAUCAGUUGUUUACUUCUGAGGUUCUCUGUGUGUUCCACCUUGGUAGAUUUCGAACUGUUCAAGUGUAUGAAGAUGAACUUCACAUUUUACUCUACCAUACGGUAGUACUGUUCGUACUGCAUUAAAUUAAAUUAAAUUAG